UGGUUACAGGAAAAAAAAAGUAUGGCACAGCCCCACCGAGAAUAUUUUUCACCAGCCGCCACUGUUCAAAUGACUAAAUUAAGUUCAGACAGGCCUGUUAUGUGCUCUCUAACACAAACAUAAACUGUGUUGUUGUCAACCAUUUCACAGAUCUAGGAUCAGGUGACCUCCACAGAAUGUUAACAUUAGCCACAAAUAUCUGACUUCUGCAGAGUGCACAAAAGUACCAAACCACCAAAAGUUUCACAGGUCAACACAUCUCUUCCCAGGGUUGCCAUGUAUGCUUUUUUUUGUGGUUUAUUGAGGUACUUUGGAAACUUUGCCGCAGGUGAAAAGUUUUGGUCGCUGGGUGCAAGUUUUUAAACUACUUCUAUAUUGCAACUACCAACAUGGCAUUUAAAAAAAUCUAUUAAUUUCCCUGUAAUCUUCUGAAAUUGUGCUAGUUUUCAGGCUUUGAAGGCAGGUUUUGCGUUGACUUCCUAGAAAUUCGUAAUUGAUCUGGCAAGCCUGUCUCUGCCUGAGCACGAUCACCUCUAAAGUAGCUGGGCAGCACCUUUUUAAGGAAGAGGAGGAUGGUUGCAGAUGUUUACGUUCAUGCAAGAAGGUGAGCUAUUAACUGAACUGCUAACCAAUAGUUUAGCUAAAAUUGAAUUUGUAUUUGGUGUAUUGGCAAGCAAUGCAUGUUCCCGUUGUCUUUAUUUUUAAUUAGUUAAUGUUAGCUCACAUAUGUCUUUCGGUGGAAUCCAACAUGCAUUGACAAUGUUGUGUCAGAUAUACUGCGUCAUGACAGAUUGAAAUUGGUAGGCUUAUCCAAACAAUUCAUACAUAUGCAAUUGUUACUUUGCAUGUUUCUACCUUAUACUUAUUUACUGCUUGCUAAGGGUUAGCGUGCUAGCUAACGGUUAGCGUGCUAGCGAUGCUAACGAUGCUAGCUUCUUUUUUUUGUAUGAUGCUAGCUAUGGUGGCAAGCUAGCUAAUAAGUUUAGCAUAAUUGGUAAACAUGUCUUUGAUUCAGAAUACAUCAAUACAUUGUGGUUAACCCAAUGUUACAUGCAUUGGAAAAUAAAAUUGCUAGUGUAACUUGAAUUGGUUUACAAGCUAGCUAGAAAAGCCAGUUCCUUUUCAUCUGUUUUGUCAAGCUAUAAGCCUGCAUGUGUGCUAAAAUAUUUAAUUAAAUCCCCUCAUUAAAUUAAUAUAUUUAAGUUGCACCUGUUUUUUAUAGCCCUUACCCAAAGACCUUUUUUUUUCCGUUGGAAUAAUUUGGAUGAAAAUAAGAAAUAUGUGAAAGAAAAUAAGAAAUAAGUGACCAGAUUUUGUUAUUGAAAAGCAUGGACAUUCACAUAUGUCCAUGCUCCUUAUUCCCUACACUCAUUUUUAAAGAUCGAAAACAAAAUGGAAGAUAAGAGUCCAGGAACAUACAAAGCAACCAAUGCGGUAUGUUUUAAGGCUUAGCCUAGUUUUUUCUGCUUCGCCUAGUAUUUAGCGUAUGCUUGCCUUGCUUUAGCCAAACCACUCAUACUGAUUCUCUUUUAGUCUAUCCAUAAAAGCAGAUUCAGUUUCAGUUGCAUCCAGGAACUUGCAUAAUCUGCUUAUGUUAUGCUUAUACUUGCUUUUUUACCUUGAAAGUAGUCUUAAAAAAGGAAAUUGUAACAGAUGUUUGUUUGACCUCUAUUAGUCAAUGAUAUCAGUCAUUGGUGUCCCCCAGCCCAUCCCUGAUGUUGUGUGCAGAGCAAUCUUGUCAUUCUAUUAAGUCUCAACUAUUAUUUUUGUAACUUGUCUUCCUUUACAAAGGCACUGCAGACGCUAAGAAGACGCAUGGAAAAUCUAAAGAAACAUCACUGAACUUGUGAGGCCAGAUUUGAAGCUCAGAUGUCAGACACUGAGGUUGCCAGUACCUCUGAGGCUGCCAGUACCGCUGGGUCGAUAGUCCAUGUGUUGGAUGAUGCACCGCCAUUGAUCAGAACAGACAGCAUAUUCUUGACCAAAGCUAUGCUUGGAUACAAGACUGAUGACUCAAUAACCAGCAUUGACAACAGUGAAGAUGAUUAUGUCCCAAGGUCAUCAGAGGAAGACGAUUCCGAUGAAUUUUCAGAACCAAAGACAAGGGUGGACAGCAGUAAACACGAUGAUCUAGUCUCAGAGGGAGACAGUUCAGAUAAAUUAGCGGGUGUCAAGAGAAAGAAGCAAUACAAGAAGACUAUCAAGAGAUGCAGAAGUUCCUCAGAAGAAAACAGCUCAAAUGGAGAAUCAGAACUCAAGAGAAUGAAGCGAUACGAAAAUACUUAUAAGAGAUGUACUAGUUCCCCAAAGUCGAACACUAGCAGUGAAUCAUUGCUUGUAAUGAAUGUCUCAGAAGUAGAUGGAUCCAAAAAGUACCACCAAAAAAAGCACUUCUGUCUGUUUUGCGAGCAACCGCAAUCCAAAAUCGCCCGUCAUUUAGAACAUAAACAUGGGGAUGAAAUGGAAGUAGCUACUGCACUUCAGUUUGCAAAGAAGUCAAAAGCUAGGAGACUUCAGCUGAAUCUCCUUCGCAAGAAGGGGAAUCGGGCACACAACAUUCAGGCACUUAAAGAAGGAAAGGGUGUUUUGGUACCAUGUAAGCAAACAAGUGAUGACAAGAGCAAUCACCAGGACUAUCAGCAUUGUUUUGCCUGCCAUGGGCUCUUUAAACGCAAAUCUAUGUGGAGGCAUGUGGCAAGGUGCACACUAGCACAAAAUGUUCGUAAGGAGAUGCCUGGCAAAACCAGAAUACAGGCACUCUGUGCUAGUGCUCAACCGGUUGCUAAAGGAGUCAGCGAGAAGGUCUGGAAACUGGUGAGUAACAUGGCUCAAGAUGAUGUAGCCCAUGCAGUAAAAGAAGACAGAUACAUCUUGGCAUUGGGUGAAAAAAUGUACAACAAGAAAUGGGAGAACCCCUCACAACACCAGCACAUUCGUCAAACUUUGCGAGAACUAGGGAGACUCGUGAUUAAAGGUAGAAAGGUGACACCACUGAAAAAGAUGAAGGAUUAUAUCAACCCACAACACUUCAAUACAUCAUAA